AUGAUGAGUUCUGUUAGUCCAUACGAUGCAUCUUUGGAUCUGCUACGUAGACUAGAUCCAACUCGGUUGAACGAGCAUCUACACAACUUGAUUCAGCUGGAUCCCUCCCUGGCAGAAGAUCUUUUGGCGUCAGUGGAUACUCCAUUGACGAUCAAACGUGAUCCCAAGGCGUCCCAAAGAGAAUAUCUAUGCUGCGAUUACAAUAGGGACAUUGACUCGCAUAGAUCUCCCUGGUCUAACGAGUACUUUCCUGAACUUUCGGCUGAAGAUGUGCAAGAGAGCCCAUUCCCCUCUCCAAAACUGAGACAACUUGAGAUCCUGGCCAACGACUCUUUCGAUAUCUACAGGGAUUUAUACUACGAAGGCGGCGUCUCGAGCGCAUACCUGUGGGAGCUGGACGACGAUAACAGUGACGAUUUCGCCGGCGUCGUGCUAUUCAAGAACGGCAAUCCAAGUUCGAGUUCCUGGGACAGCAUCCAUGUCCUCGAAGCGGUACGCACCGGCCACGAGUUUACCUACCGUCUGACCACAACCGUCAUCCUUCAUCUAGACAAGAGCAAGCAGAUGACACUAUCGGGCAACCUGACUAGACAAACAGAAAAGACCGUCGUGGUGUCGGCAGCGCAAUCCUUAAGCCAAGAUCAGCUUAAUGUGGCCCAUGUCACCAAUCUGGGCACCAUGAUUGAAGAUGUCGAGUCUCAAAUGAGAUCAAUGUUAGAGGCGGUCUAUUUUGAGAAGACAAGGGACAUUUUCCACCAAACGAAGAGCUCUGCUCUAAGCACAGAGGAAAUCAAUAAGGAAGCACACCAAGAGAUUAUAAAAGGUUUGCAGGACUUAUGA